AUGACAGCAAGACACUUAGAUGCAUUGGUGGUUGGAGCCGGGUAUGGAGGCAUUUACAUGCUGUAUCGUCUGCGGGAACUUGGCCUCUCCGCCCGGGCCAUCGACUUGGCCGGCGAUGUGGGCGGAACAUGGUACUGGAACAGGUAUCCGGGUGCGAUGAGCGACACCGAGAGCUACGUCUACAGAUUCUCCUGGGACAAGGAGGACCUGCAGACAUAUCCAUGGUCCCACCAUUACGUCAAGCAACCAGACGUUCUUGCAUACCUUCAACACGUAGUGGAGCGGCAUGACCUGCGUAAGGACAUGCAAUUCAACACCGAGCUGCUGUCUGCCGAAUGGGACGACGACAGCCGGCAAUGGAUUGUGGAGACAGAAUCCCACGGCACGCGCCAGCAAUAUGUUGUUCGGUACCUUGUCACCGCCCUAGGCGUCCUUUCGAGCGCGCACUACCCUGAUAUAAGCGGCAUCGAAUCAUUCAAAGGAAACCUCUGCCACACCGCAUCAUGGGACAACAGCCUAGACCUCACAAACAAGAGGGUGGGCGUUAUCGGGAAUGGCAGCACCGGGGUCCAGGUCAUCACCGCCAUUUCCAAGGACGUCUCGAAGCUCGUAAGCUUCCAACGUCACCCGCAGUACUCUGUCCCAAGCGGUGACCGGCCUGUGGACCCCUCGUAUCGCAAAUGGGUCAACGAGAACUACGAUGAUAUCUGGCACCGAGUCAAGAACUCAAUAACCGGCUUCGGCUUCCAGGAAUCUCAAAUCCCCUUCCAAGACGUCCCUGAGUCCGAGCGCAACGCUGUCUUUGAGUCACUAUGGCAACAAGGCAACGGCUUUCGGUUCAUGUUUGGUGGCUUCAGCGACAUUGCCGUGAACCGCGAAGCCAACGCGGCCGCCUGCGAGUUCAUCCGCGGCAAGAUCGGACAGAUCGUCAAAGAUCCCGAGAAGGCCCGCAAACUGAAGCCACAGGAUCACUACGCACGACGCCCACUUUGCGAUGGCGGAUACUACAAGCAGUUCAACCGCGACCACGUGGACAUCGUAUCCCUCAAGGAAACACCCAUUACCGCGAUCCGGGAAAACGGCAUAGAAACCAGCGACGGCCAGCUCCACGAACUGGACGUCAUCAUAUUCGCAACCGGUUUCGACGCCAUCGAAGGUAGCUACAACCGUCUCCGCAUCAAAGGCAGAGGCGGCCUGACCCUCAAGGAGCACUGGGAACCGCAGGGCGCAACGAGCUAUCUCGGCAUCAGCGUCCCGCACUUUCCCAACAUGUUUCUCAUCGCCGGCCCCCAGGGCCCAUUCGCCAACCUGCCGCCCGCCAUCGAGGCCCACGUCGUCCUCGCCUCGCGCUUGAUCAGCCGCGCAGAGAAGGUCCGGGCCAAGCGACCCGGCAAGGAGAAUCCUCUGGUGGAAGCGCUACCGGAAGCCGAGCAAGAGUGGCUCCGGGAAUGCGACGCCGCGGCUGAGGGGAGUCUGUUCAAGGAGACGGCGAGCUGGAUCUUUGGCUCCAACGUGCCGGGCAAGAAGUACGCGAUCCGCUUCUUCUUUGGCGGCAUGCAGAAGUAUUAUGAGGCCUUGGAGCGCAUGGUACAGGGCGGCUAUAGGGGGUACAAGCCACUCGUUGAGAAUCUGGAGGAUCAGCUCGAGGUUCAUAACGAGCGACGCCGGGGAGAGGCCGCCGGAUCUGGAAAGCGGUCUGAGGUACCGGCAGGGGGGCAAGGCGGGCCGUUGAGGGCAUCGCUGUAG